UCCGCGGGUCCCCGGCGGCUGCUGCAGGGGCGACUGCGUCUGCGCGGAGCCGAGCGCGCUCUGCGGCGCGGUCCGCGGUAGAGGCGCCGCGAACAGGAAGGGGGCGGCGGAUGGCUCUGCGCGGUCCAGUGGGCUUGGGGCCCGGCUCUAGAAGGCCGUUGGACGAGGCGGUGGCGGCUGCAGAGGGGCGCGAGGCGCCGGCCCUUGUGGCGCCGGGAGCCGUGCCGGAGGACGAUGAAGAGGACGAUAGCCGCGGCCGGGGCCUGCUGCGCUGGGACGGCUUUUCGGCCUGGCUGCACUGCGUGUGUGUGGUGGGCUUCGACCUGGAGCUGGGCCAGGCCGUGGAGGUAAUUUAUCCUCAACAUUCCAAACUUACUGACAAAGAAAAAACCAAUAUUUGCUAUUUGUCUUUUCCAGAUUCAAAUUCAGGUUGUCUUGGAGAUACCCAGUUUUGUUUUAGAUUUCGACAGUCUUCUGGGAGGAGGGUGUCACUGCAUUGUCUUCUGGAUCAAUUUGACAAAGAUUUACCAGUUUACUUAAAGAAGGAUCCUGCUUAUUUUUAUGGAUAUGUCUAUUUCCGACAAGUUCGAGAUAAAACUCUAAAAAGAGGCUACUUUCAGAAGUCGUUGGUUUUGAUCAGCAAACUACCUUAUAUUCAUUUCUUUCACACUGUGCUCAAACAGAUAGCACCAGAGUAUUUCGAAAAGAAUGAACCUUAUUUGGAAGCAGUUUGUAAUGACGUUGAUCGAUGGCCUGCUCCAGUGCCAGGGAAAACAUUACACCUGCCUAUUAUGGGGGUGGUGAUGAAGGUACGGAUUCCCACAUAUCAUGACAAGCCUGGAACAACACAAAUAGUGCAGUUAACUCAGCAGGCAGACACACAUAUAUCUGUUAUUUUACCUACUGUUCAUGAGGUGGAUCUUUUCAGGUGUUUCUGCCCAGUUUUCCUUCAUAGUCAGAUGCUUUGGGAGCUGGUACUGUUGGGGGAACCCCUUGUGGUCAUGGCACCGUCACCAUCGGAGUCUUCAGAGACUGUAUUGGCACUUGUUAACUGUAUUUCUCCAUUAAAGUACUUCAGUGAUUUCCGACCUUAUUUCACUAUUCAUGAUAGUGAAUUUAAAGAAUAUACUACCCGUACUCAAGCUCCGCCUUCAGUCAUAUUAGGAGUAACCAAUCCGUUUUUUGCUAAAACCCUCCAGCACUGGCCACACAUUAUUCGAAUUGGAGACCUUAAACCUGCAGGUGAAAUUCCUAAGCAGGUUAAAGUGAAAAAAUUGAAGAACCUAAAGACUCUGGAUUCUAAACCUGGAGUUUAUACCUCAUAUAAGCCAUAUCUGAAUAGAGAUGAAGAGAUCAUAAAACAAUUACAGAAGGGUGUACAACAGAAACGUCCUUCUGAAGCUCAAAGUGUUAUUCUCCGACGCUAUUUUUUGGAACUGACACAAAGUUUCAUCAUUCCAUUAGAAAGAUAUGUGGCAAGCUUGAUGCCUUUGCAGAAAAGUAUUUCUCCAUGGAAGAGUCCACCCCAAUUAAGACAAUUUCUUCCAGAAGAAUUUAUGAAAACACUUGAGAAAACAGGACCUCAGCUAACCUCUAGAAUAAAAGGCGAUUGGAUUGGACUUUACCGGCAUUUCCUAAAGUCUCCAAAUUUUGAUGGCUGGUUUAAGGCCCGACGGAAGGAAAUGACCCAAAAAUUGGAGGCACUUCAUCUGGAAGCUCUUUGUGAAGAGGACUUACUUCUCUGGAUCCAGAAACAUACAGAAGUAGAAACGGUAGAUCUUGUAUUGAAGCUGAAAAAUAAGCUGUUACAGGCUGAUCGAGAAUGUUUGCCUGUGAAACCUGACACUGUGGAAAAGUUACGGACACACAUAGAUGCAAUUAUCUUAGCAUUGCCAGAAGACCUUCAAGGCAUACUCAAAACGGGCAUGACAUGAUAUUUGCCAGGAUUUUCCAGCCAAAAAGGACUGUGCACCGUGAAGCAUACUGACAUUUCAGCCAGACGCACACAGGUGGUCUCUCAGUGACAGAGGGGUGGAAAAUAGCUGUGAAUGCUAGCUACAGGAUGGAAAGACUGUAUUGUAUAAACAGACCUUUUCAGUGCAUUAUUUUUAAAAAUGGUAUCUGUGGUGGUUCCACUUUAAUACUGAAACACCGAAAGGCAUUUUUAUAUUUUUAAUCAUGUUCUAAAGUGCUCUUACGAGAGACAUGUGGGGCCAUCAGUAUUAGCGAUUCCAUACUGCAGUGCUGGCAUUGCAGAUAUUUUUUUAAAAUGGUGCUGCUUUGCCCAAUCAUGUUAAAACUCAGGGGGAUAUAAAAAUAACAUUCACACUGGCUAUCGUUCUUAAGGAGGAGAAGACUGAACUGUCCAACUGUAGGUAGAAGUAAUUGAUACUUAUGUAGUGCCUUCUGUUGUCCUGUGUGUUUCACAAAGUCCAGCUACUCAUCUUAAAGCUUUUCUUAGCUCGAUUAUGAUAUGUAGUUUUAUAAGGCAUUCUGUCAAGUGAUCAUUGCUUAAAAAUGCUUCUUGCUGUCCAUUGUGUAUAUAAUUAUUUAGUAGGCAUGGUGGGUUUCUUUUUUCAGUUGUCAUGUAGGUUUUUAUUUCACUUUUUUUUAAUAUGUAUAUUUUACAUAUACAUGGAGACACCCUGGGAAUGAGUAGUUCUCAGUAUUUUGCUAUUUUCUUUACCAUUUUCAAAAUUCAGUGUAUCAGCUUCUCCAAAGGCAAGAAGGCAUCUAGUAUUAAUUAUUGAAGAAUUUUCUCUUACCCUUUACUAAUUAGGCCAAUUUAAAUUAAUUAGCUUGGAUGUUUUUCAAGGACAUUCUAAUUAUAAAACUCUUAAUCAGCUAUACUUUAAACUGAACUAUUCUUAUUUCAAAAGUAUUUGUAAGUCUUACGUGAUAACUUAUUUCAGUGAGUAUAAGGUUGAUGUCCAGCAUUAUUUGUUUGGUAGUAUUUUUCCCCCAAAAUUAAUGUUUCUCAGAACUCUUUCUCUAUUAUUGUUUGACCUGGGAAUUUUGCCUGUUUUAGCUGGCCUGUGCCAGGUUCGAAUUUUGCCUGAAUCACUGUUACAGCUAUUUUUUUUUUGUUGUUUUUAUUUCUGUUUGAAAUUAUACUACCUUGCCCAGACUAGAAAAUGUGAUUUGGUAGAUUAAGAUUAUUUGGUUUCUGUUUGAGUGAGAGUGUCCUGCAGACAUCACUAUUUAAAGUAGACACACAUGACAUAGCACAUAUGUUAAUUGCUGUGUCUUAAACUACCCUCUGCAUAACCAGAUUUAGUUGUGUGUCUUUGUAGAAGAAAUGGCUUCUGAAGCUAUCUCUUUGUUCUUUAUUGAUGUAACUUUUAAGGGCAUUCCUCACCCAAGAAAGGCUUCUUGUGUUUGUAACUGUGGUCAAAUACCCAAGUGUGCCCUUUUCUUUUCUUUUUUUGGAGACAGAGUCUCAAGCUGUCGCCCUGGAUAAGAGUGCUAUGGCAUCACAGCUCAUGGCAACCUCAAACUCUUGGGCUUAAACGAUUCUCUUGCCUCAGCCUCCCAAGUAGCUGGUACUACAGGCACCCGCCACAAUGCCCAGCUAUUUUUUUGUUGCAGUUGUCAUUGAUUUUAGCUGGCCUGGGCUAGGUGCAAACCAGCCUUAGUGUAUGAGGCUGGUGCCCUACCAACUGAGCUACGGGUGCCGCCCCAAGUGUCCCCUUUUCUCAUGGAUACAGUCUCUUGAAGCUUACCUCAAAGUCAAAGAGAGAAUAUGGCAUUUGAAAGAAAUCAUUUGCCGUGGAUCAUGAGUUAUUUUGUGAAAUGACAGUUGACCUUUCAGAAAGGGGGCAACUACUUUUAUAUGCUAAGUAUUUCAUAACUUUCUGGGAAACCUUAUUUAGGUAUAAAUGGUCACCUUAUUAUUUUUCAAAAAGGUAUAUUUUAGUAAAAUUACAAUUUAUAUACAGUUUGUGACCAGAAUUUGAAAGUUGUUAGUGUCUUAUCAAGGAUCUUUUUAAUUAUACCACUGUAGGAUAUAUCAUUUCAAGUUUAUUUUGCACAGCUAAAGAGUAGCAAAAGAUGCCAAUUAGCAUGAUAAUUGUGUCUUCAUAUUUGUUUAUUAAUUGAAACCUAACACAUACUGAAAACCAUAUCAUACUUACCUGGUUUAUCUCUUAAUUUCAAAUUAUGUACUUAUAAAAGUAAUGUAAAGUUGUAUUGGGAACCUGAGAAAGACUGUUUGGUAAAUUAAUUCUUUUUUGUGAUUUUCAGAUGUCUUUUUUUUCUUGAGAAAACUUUGUUAAUAUCUAAACUCUGCCAUUUAAUGUUUUGUCUCCACCAGCAUCAGAAGGAAUCACUGCUUAAGGAUGUUAUGUAAUGCCUAGUGCCUUCUAUUUACAGUGAUAAAGAAGUUUUGUGAAGGCAUUUAUGGUCAUUACUGAAAACUAAAUUAAAGGCCUUGGAUUUUAAAGCA